AUGGCGGUGCCGCUGACCGACCAGGAGAAGCGGAAGCAGAUCAGCGUGCGGGGCAUCGCGGGGCUCGGAGACGUAGCGGAGAUCAAGAAGACUUUUAACCGACAUCUGCACUUCACCCUGGUGAAGGACCGGAACGUGGCGACCCCCCGGGACUACUACUUCGCCCUGGCGCACACCGUCCGGGACCACCUGGUGGGCCGCUGGAUCCGGACCCAGCAGUAUUACUACGAGAAGGACCCGAAGAGGGUGUACUACCUGUCUCUGGAGUUCUACAUGGGCCGAGCGCUGCAGAACACCAUGAUCAACCUGGGCCUGCAGACCGCCUGCGAUGAAGCGCUCUACCAGCUCGGUUUGGACAUAGAGGAGCUGGAGGAGAUGGAGGAGGAUGCUGGUCUGGGAAACGGUGGCCUGGGACGACUGGCAGCCUGCUUUUUGGACUCCAUGGCGACUCUCGGUCUGGCCGCUUACGGUUACGGGAUUCGCUACGAGUUCGGCAUCUUCAACCAGAAGAUCAGAAACGGAUGGCAGAUGGAGGAGGCAGAUGAUUGGCUCCGGCACGGGAACCCCUGGGAGAAGGCCAGGCCUGAGUACAUGCUACCGGUUCAUUUCUAUGGCCGGGUGGAGAAAUCGGAGAGUGGACCGAAGUGGACCGGCACACAGGUGGUGUUGGCGAUGCCCUAUGACACUCCAGUUCCUGGUUACCAUAACAACACGGUGAACACGAUGAGACUGUGGUCGGCUAAAGCGCCGAACGACUUCAAACUGCAGAACUUUAAUGUGGGCGAUUACAUUGAAGCCGUUCUGGACAGGAACCUGGCCGAGAACAUCUCCAGGGUCCUUUAUCCCAACGACAACUUCUUCGAGGGGAAGGAGCUGCGUCUGAAGCAGGAGUACUUUGUGGUCGCCGCUACGCUGCAGGACAUCAUCCGCAGGUUCAAAUCCUCCAAGUUCGGCAGCAGAGACCCAGUCCGGACCUCCUUCGACACAUUUCCUGAGAAGGUGGCGAUCCAGCUGAACGACACUCACCCGGCUCUGGCCAUCCCUGAACUGAUGAGGAUCCUGGUGGACAUCGAGCAGCUCGACUGGGACAAGGCGUGGGACAUCACCUGUCGUACCUGUGCGUACACCAACCACACGGUGCUGCCUGAGGCACUGGAGCGCUGGCCCGUUUAUAUGUUUGAACACCUGCUGCCCCGACACCUGCUGAUCAUCUACGACAUCAACCAGAAACACCUGGAUAGGGUAGCAGCCUUGUUUCCCGGCGACAUCGAUCGUCUGCGGCGAAUGUCUCUGAUUGAGGAAGGCGACCCAAAGAGGAUCAACAUGGCUCACCUGUGCGUGGUUGGAUCUCACGCCGUCAAUGGCGUCGCUCAGAUUCACUCGGACAUCGUGAAGAGCAGCGUGUUUAAAGACUUCCACGAGGUGGAUCCAGAUAAGUUUCAGAACAAGACGAACGGCAUCACUCCUCGCCGCUGGCUGCUGCUGUGCAACCCCGGACUGGCUGAGAUCAUGGUUGAGAGAAUUGGAGACGACUUCCUCACCGAUCUUUACCAGCUGAAGAAAAUCCUGCAGUUUGUGGACGACAGCGCCUUCAUCAGAGACGUGGCCAAAGUCAAACAGGAAAACAAGCUGAAGUUUGCCGCCUUCCUGCAGCAACACGGCCAGGUGAAGGUGAACCCGGACUCCAUCUUUGACGUGCAGGUGAAGAGGAUUCACGAGUACAAGAGGCAGCUGCUCAACUGUCUGCACGCCAUCACGCUCUACAACCGAAUCAAACUGGAGCCGAAGAAAUCGUUUGUUCCCCGGACGGUGAUGAUCGGAGGGAAGGCGGCUCCCGGGUACCACAUGGCGAAGCUGAUCAUCAAGCUGAUCACCUCUGUGGGUCAGGUGGUCAAUAAUGACCCGGCGGUGGGAGACAGGCUGAAAGUGAUUUUCCUGGAGAACUACAAAGUGUCUCUGGCUGAGAGAGUGAUCCCAGCUGCAGACUUGUCCGAGCAGAUCUCCACUGCAGGAACGGAGGCAUCUGGAACGGGGAACAUGAAGUUCAUGCUGAACGGUGCCCUGACCAUCGGCACGAUGGACGGCGCCACGGUGGAGAUGGCCGAGGAGGCCGGAGAGGAGAACCUCUUCAUCUUCGGCAUGAGGGUUACAGACGUGGAGGAGAUGGACAGAAAGGGCUACAACGCCAGAGAGUACUACGACCGUCUGAAGGAGCUGAAACUCGCCGUGGACCAGAUCCAAGCUGGCUUCUUCAGCCCCGGGCAGCCGGAUCUCUUCAGAGACCUGAUCGACAUGCUGAUGAACCACGACAGGUUUAAGGUGUUUGCAGAUUACGAAGCCUACGUCAAAUGUCAGGAGCGAGUCGGCGAGCUGUACAAGAACCCCAGAGAGUGGACCAAGAUGGUCAUCCGCAACAUCGCUGCCAGUGGGAAGUUCUCCAGCGACCGAACCAUCUCCCAGUACGCCCGCGAGAUCUGGGGCGUGGAACCGUCCAGCGUGAAGAUCCCGCCGCCCAACGAACCGCCCUUUGUGUCGCAGAGCUGAAACCGCGACGGCGCUCCCACAGCUUCCCGACCGAGGCCGGACUAGAAUGUGAACCUCGCAUCGUCUUCGUACUGUACGUCCGCACGUGAGCAGGAAGCCACGCACUGACCUUCAACACAGCUGCAGUGAAAUGAAGUCCACUUCCUGUUUCUCUGAGCAUGUUCCUCAUUUCUGUGGAAACUCCUUAAAGAAUCAAAAACAGGAACAUCUCAUCAGCUCUGUAUUAUACAAAUGUUGAAUUUUUCUUCAUCAGCUUUUAACCUUUGACCUUUGCAGUAUUUCGGUGACCUUUAAACCAGUUUGGCUCAUUUGAAUCAAUCCAACAUUAACUGAGUCCUGCAUUGUAAGCUCAUUAUUGUUUAAAACCGAUGUUCUAACUGGAGCUGCAGAUCUUCUCUGCUGGAGAACGUUUCCAGCAGGAUUGGAAACAAUCCUGAGUUCAGCGUGCUGAUGUUUACGCGUCGCCGACCGCGAACCUGAAUACCAGUAAACGUGUCCAUGUUGUCCCAGCGAACCCAGCACAGACCCCUCGGCUCAGCUGGGAGUUCAUAAUGAGUACUUCAUCAGAUCCUCUGCCGAGCAUCGCUCACCUUCAGAAAGAAGUCUGAUUUUCAUUCCAGGAUCAGCAUGUUUUUAACGGCAUUCCCACCUCUUUAUUACAAACAGGAAACACAGCAGCAGCAUCCGGGGAACUCGGCAGCUUUAAAAAAAAAAAAAUCAAGCUUUUAAAACCUUUUUAGUUUUCAAAGAAUCGGCUCGAUUUUGGAACCGUGGAAUUCGCCUCAUUUAAUGCUGUUAAAGCAUCUCCGGUCCCUCUGACAUCAUCACCCUUCCCUCUGACAUCAUCACCCUUCCCUCUGACAUCAUCAGUGACGUUCUGCUGCGUUCAUGUCGCAGCAAGAAGUGAAAAGCUUUUGGGUUAAAGUCAUUUUAACAAAAAAGUUGAAUUCAAAUGUUUUUAAAUUCUGCCACAGAGAAACGAUGGCUGCACAGCUGCAGCGUCAUCAUCACUGUUAUUACUGUGCAUUAAAGUUAGUUUGGCAUUAAUAACCUCAGAGUGGCUCCCAGGGGCCUCAUGGGUAAUGGAGUCCAGCUGAGUCGGUGAUCAUAAAGUUCUGUGUGGAUCCUGCUGCAAUAAACGCUCAGUGUUUGUUUCUAACAGAACCGAAGCUGUUUCUACUGUUUUUAUUUUAGCACAGAACGCUUCCUCAGCAGGAGGUCCAGAGGACGAGGAAACGACCGCAGGUGAAAUCGUUUAAAUCAGGAAUGAUUUCUGAUCAGCUGAUUCCACGUUUUUAUUCAUUUUUGGACACGUGCAGAUUAUUUUUGAUAUUUUAUUAAAAU